AGAAGUCGAUGAUAGGUGGCAGUUCUUUUUGCUGUUCGAUUCGCAAUUAGAUGCCAUGGUAGCACGUUGUGAUUGUGGUAGAUAAUAAAAGCCGGUUGAUCAUUAUCUCAAUAUAUCAAUUAUUUAAACCUUCUAAAUGAGUAAAAUGACUCAAGAUUUCGAGAAGAAAGAACGAAUUGUAUACAAACUCGUCCUGACUGGGGGGCCAUGUAGCGGAAAGACAACAGGUCAAGCUAGAUUAUGUACUUUUUUUGAAAAUCUUGGAUGGAAGGUAUACCGGGUACCAGAAGCUGCUACGAUACUUUUAGGAGGGGGCGUCAGAUUCCUCGAUCUGUCCGAAAGUCAAGUUGGUGAUUUCCACUCUGCAAAUCUUGAAAAAUAUUUAAAUAUUACUUCGGAGAAGUUUCAAGAAAAUUUGCUAAAAACUAUGAUGGCAAUGGAGGAGACGUAUUUUGCACUGGCCGAAUCUUCUGACAGGAACACGCUCGUCAUCUGCGACAGAGGAACGAUGGACGCUUCUGCCUUUAUUAGCAAGGAAUCUUGGGAGAAGAUAUUGAAAACCUAUGGUUGGAAUCCUGUGGAGAUGAGGGAUAAUCGCUACAAUCACAUCAUUCACUUGGUAUCUUGCGCGAAUGGUGCCGAAGAAUUUUAUACUUUAGAAGAUAAUCAAUGCAGAACAGAAGGGCUCGAACUUGCUAGAGAAAGAGAUAGAAGAGCUGCUGAAGCUUGGAUUGGUCAUCCUUACAUUGAUGUGGUUGAUAAUACAACAGAUUUUGAUACAAAAUUAAGAAAAACAAUAGCUAUUGUAUGCAGAAGAAUUGGUAUCGAUACUGGAGACAGAUUAGCAACUAACAGUCUGAAAUUGAAAUUUCUCAUUGCAAAUUUACCCAGUGAUGAAGUUUUCCCACCGUUUCAAGAUUUUGACGUUGUCCAUGAUUAUUUAGUCUCUCCCAAUCCACGUAUACAAUCUAGAUUACGCAAAAGAGGACAAAAUGGUAAUUGGAGUUACCUUCACACACAAAGACGGUGUGAAGUCAACAAUCAAGUAAUAGAAGUAAAGCGACAGUUAACUCACCGUGAUUACGUGAACAUAUUAUCGCAACGGGACGAUACCCAUUAUACAGUUUAUAAGCAGCGGCGAUGUUUUCUUUGGCAAGAUAUGUAUUUUCAGUUGGAUAUUUACAAAGAACCCUGUCAUCCAAGAUGCAAAGAGCUUAUACUUUUGGAAACAUAUUCUACUCUAAAAGGAGAACAACUCAAGAAACGUUUACCUAACUUUUUGAAUAUCACAAAAGACGUUACAGGAGAUCCCUCUUAUUCUAUGUUUAAUCUUUCGUUAAAAAAUGAUUGGAAUAUUCCAAGUAAACACGUUCCAAUGAUAAAUGGUAUAUGUAACGAUACGCCAGUUUAAGAAAUAUUUAUUGGCAAGACUUUAUUUUCUUACCAAAAAAAAUGUUGGAUAUACUUAAUCUUUAAUCAUUGUCAUGGGGUAUUGUUACGUUUCUUAAAUUUACAAACACGUGUGAUGUUAAUAAGUACUACUUACCCCAUGUGCAUGCUAUAUCCUUUGGCUGGUUGUGUGAAGCCAUUGUUAAUCGGUACUAGUCUUUCUGUUACACAUUUCAUCUGUGAUGAGUGUUAUAAGCAGAUCUCUCUCCAUUAAUCCGA